UUAUUAAAGAUGGCGGGGCCCCGGCCCCGCCUUCCUCGCGAGCCGCGCAGCCUGCGCGGUUUGCGGGACUGCCGCGGAGGCCUGGGACACGGGUUUCUGUGAUUGGCAGAGGGCGGUGGCUGGGCCGUCACGUGGUUCGGGGCUCGUUUGUUUGCGGAAGGAGGAGGAAGUAGAAGUGCUGAGUAAGCCUAGAUUUCACUGUACCUGCUGCCCACCAUGUGCCCUCCUUCACUAUGGCCUUGUGACCCGAGUAUCCCAAAUCCCUAAUCCUGUGUCUACCUACUGCUCCCACGGAUGACUUGGAAGCUGACUGCGGGGGCCAGCGGUGGGGCCUCCCCACCUACGCCACAGAAGAUGCAGUUCUUCGGCCGCCUGGCCAGUACCCUCAGUAACGUCACCAGCUUGUUCUCUAAUCCAUUCCGGGUGAAGGAGGUGGCUAUGGCAGACUACAACUCGAGUGGCCAGGUUCGGCAGGAAGGGCAGCUGAUCCUGUUCCAGAACAGCCCCAGUCGCACCUGGGACUGCGUCCUGGUCAACCCCAGGGACUUACAGAGUGGAUUCCGACUCUUCCAGCUAGAGGUGGAGGCCAGAGCCCUCGUGAGCUUCCAGCAGUAUUCUUCCCAGUUGCCACCCUUCUACGAGAGCUCCACCCACGUCUUGAACACCGAGGUCCUGCAGCAGCUGACCGACCUCAUCCGCAAGCACCCUAGCUGGUCAGUGGCCCACUUGGCCGUGGAGUUGGGGAUCCGAGAGUGCUUCCAUCACAGCCGCAUUAUCAGCUGCGCCAACAGCAGGGAGACUGAGGAGGGUUGUACGCCCCUGCACCUGGCCUGCCGCAAGGGUGACUGGGAGAUCCUGCUGGAGUUGGUGCAGUACUGCCACGCCCAGAUGGAUGUCACUGACAACAACGGAGAAACCGCCUUUCAUUACGCUGUCCAGGGUGACAAUUCCCAGGUGCUGCAGCUCCUAGGGAAGAAUGCGUCGUCUGGCCUGAACCAGGUGAACAACCGAGGGCAGACCCCACUGCACCUGGCCUGCCAGAUGGGGAAGCAGGAGAUGGUCCGCGUUCUGCUGCUGUGCAGUGCUCGGUGCAACGUCAUGGGGCUCACUGGCUACCCCAUCCACACGGCCAUGAAGUUCUCCCAAAAGGCGUGUGCUGAAAUGAUCAUCAGCAUGGACAGAAACCAGGUCCACAGCAAAGACCCCCGCUACGGAGCCAGCCCCCUCCACUGGGCCAAGAACGCAGAGAUGGCCCGCAUGCUGCUGAAACAGGGCUGCGACGUGAACAGCACCAGCUCCAUGGGAAACACAGCCCUGCAUGUGGCCGUGAUGCGCAACCGCUUUGACUGCGUUGUGGCGUUGCUGACCUAUGGGGCCAAUGCUGAUGCCCGGGGAGAGCAUGGCAACACCCCGCUGCACCUGGCCAUGUCGAAAGACAAUGUGGAGAUGAUCAAGGCCCUCAUUGUGUUUGGGGCAGAGGUGGACACCCCAAAUGACUUUGGAGAGACUCCUGCAUUCAUAGCCUCCAAGAUCAGCAAACUUGUCACCAGGAAGGCGCUCUUAACACUGCUGAGAGCCGUGGGGGCCAACCACCAAGGGGCCCCCUCGGAUCAGGGCCCCGCAGCAGCACGGCAUUCCUACUUGUCCCCGGGAAGAUCUCAGCCCCCACCGAUCUGCUUAAACAACCUAGAGCUGCAGGACCUCGUGCAUAUCUCCCAGGCUCGGAAGCCGGCAUUCACCCUGAGCUCCUUGAGGGACGAGAAGCGGACCCACGACCACCUGCUCUGCCUGGACGGAGGGGGAGUGAAAGGCCUCGUCAUCAUCCAGCUCCUCAUCGCCAUCGAGAAGGCCUCGGGUGUCGCCACCAAGGACCUCUUUGACUGGGUGGCAGGCACCAGCACCGGGGGCAUCCUGGCCCUGGCCAUUCUGCACAGCAAGUCCAUGGCCUACAUGCGUGGCGUGUACUUCCGCAUGAAGGAUGAGGUGUUCCAGGGCUCGCGGCCCUACGAGUCGGGGCCCCUGGAGGAGUUCCUGAAGCGGGAGUUUGGGGAGCACACCAAGAUGACAGACGUCAAGAAACCCAAGGUGAUGCUGACAGGGACACUGUCUGACCGGCAGCCUGCGGAACUCCACCUCUUCCGGAACUAUGAGGCUCCGGAGUCUGUACAGGAGCCUCGUUUCAGCCAGAACAUUAACCUAAAGCCUCCAACGCAGCCCUCAGAGCAGCUGGUGUGGCGGGCAGCCCGGAGCAGUGGGGCCGCCCCCACCUACUUCCGGCCUAAUGGGCGCUUCCUGGAUGGCGGGCUGCUGGCCAACAACCCCACACUGGAUGCCAUGACCGAGAUCCAUGAAUACAACCAGGACAUGAUUCGCAAGGGUCAGGGCAACAAGGUGAAGAAACUCUCCAUUGUCGUCUCUCUGGGGACGGGGAAGUCCCCGCAGGUGCCCGUGACCUGUGUGGAUGUCUUCCGCCCCAGUAACCCCUGGGAACUGGCCAAGACAGUGUUUGGGGCCAAGGAACUGGGCAAGAUGGUGGUGGACUGUGCAGGGGCUGUGGGUGUGGCGUGUGCUGGAUUCUCACAGAGGCUGCUGCUCACCAGUGCACAGACCCGGAUGGGCGCGCAGUGGACCGGGCCCGGGCCUGGUGUGAGAUGGUCGGCAUCCAGUACUUCAGACUGAACCCCCAGCUGGGGGUGGACAUCAUGCUGGAUGAGGUCAGCGACACGGUGCUGGUCGGCGCCCUCUGGGAGACUGAGGUCUACAUCUAUGAGCACCGGGAGCAGUUCCAGAAGCUCAUCCAGCUGUUGCUCUCGCCAUGAGGCCACCAGGCCCCAGCUGCCCCAGUCACUCCACCCACCCAGUCCCAGCUGGGGAGGCCAGGCGCGGCCCAGCCACUACUCCGAUGGGCAGAGCAUGGCCUAGGCACCCGUGCAGACUGGGCCUCAGGGCAGGAGGCUGGUCCUGGAGGCCUCUCUCCCCUCUUCCCUUGCCUUGUGUCACUCUGUCAUUCUGGGGUUAGAAAGCCUAGAGCCUCACUUGGGCCCUUUCCCAGCUGCUAAGGAUAACUGACUCUCAGGCCCUCGCCCGGUCAGCUCAAACACUAGAUUGCCUGGUGUGUCCCAGAGGAUCAGCAAUUCCAGGUACCCUGGGGGGGGGCAGUGACCCCUUCUGCCCUCUGUCCUCAUCUUUAGGGCUGGAGCUAGAGAAACCAGCUGUCACCCACCCCACAGUAAGGGAAACCCAGGCUCCAGGAAUGGGGUGCCCCAUUUGACUUUGCCCCUCAACACACACCCAGCCACCUGCACCCCUCAGAGCCACCCCACCCGGUGCAAUCUCCUCAUCUCUCAAAGGUCACUGCUGGGACCUCACAUUAUUCUUCCAGACAGGAAGUUGGCUGUGCAUGGGAGGGCCCCCAGGGGCUGCUGCAAACUGUGAAAUAAACGGAUUCCAGUU